GACAAGCCUCCACCCCCCUCUUGCUGUUCCUCCCUCGCAAGUCGCCAAAAUGGCCAAGAAAGCGAAAUCUCGCACGAUUGCCGUUCGCCUGAUCUCAAUGGCUAUGACCGGGUACUAUCGCACAAUGAUUCGCCCUCGUACGCAUCGUCCUCUGAGUAUGCUCAAAUACGACCCCGUGGUGAAGAAGAAGGUCUUGUUCCUGGAAGCGACAAAGGGUGGAAGGGCGAAAUGAUUUACGAUGUUCUCUUAUCCAAAUAUCUGCAACGUCAAGCUCGGUCGCUUCGAAUAAGGGAAUUGUCCUUGUGGAUCGGCUCAGGCUUCCUCGGCAUCAAUGAAUCCACUCCGUUCCGAAACCAUCCAACGUCUCAACGGCAGCGACAAGUCGAGCCCGUUGCUUCCAUCAACCAUCAUGUACAUUAGGGAAAGCAGCGGCAGAAGCGAUACUCUGGGCUCCUGAGCGGACACGUGUCUUGCUAAGCUGUUUCUAUUCUGGUCUUGCAUUUCGGCGUUUAGAGCAGUACAUUCUGGGUUAAUUCUAACAUGUUCGAUAUCUCCAUUUUCUCUCCAUCUUCUCGACUACAUAAGUGGUAUAUCUCCCUUUCGUGACUUGUUCAAUCUUGUGAUAAAUACGCUGCGUAUCUCGUUUCUCCUCCCUCGUCCAUAGAUUAAAUUGUCGCUAACCUUCAGGCGCGUUAUUGUCGAGCUAAAUUCGGGCCUUGC